GGGGAGAUGGGUCUGGCCACGGAGCACGGCAGCGCCUACGCCCGGGCCGGGGGCAGCGCGCGGGGCUGCUGGUACUACCUGCGCUACUUCUUCCUCUUCGCCUCGCUCACCCAGUUCCUCGUCAUCCUGGGCCUGGUCCUGUUCAUGGUCUACGGCAACGUGCACGUGGCCACCGAGUCCAACCUGCAGGCCACCGAGCGCCGGGCCGAGGGCCUGUACGGCCAGGUGGUGGGGCUCACGGCCGCCCAGGCCAACCUGACCAAGGAGCUCAACCUCACGGCCCGCGCCAAGGACGCCAUCAUGCAGAUGCUGCUCGGUGCCCGGCGAGACCUGGACCGCAUCAACGCCAGUUUCCGCCAGUGCCAGGCCGACCGGGUCAUCUACGCGAACAAUCAGCGAUACGUGGCGGCCGUCAUCUUGAGCGAGAAACAAUGCCAAGAUCAACUCAAGGACGUGAACCAGAGCUGCCACGCCCUGAUGCACAUGCUGGAGCAGAAGGCCAAGACGCUGGAGGUGGAGCUGGCCCAGGAGAAGGCGGUGUGCGCCCGCGACAAGGAGGGCCUGCUGGCGGGCCGGCGUGGCGUGGAGGCCCAGCUGGCCGAGUGUGCGCAGGCCCGGGAGCAGCAGCGGCUGGAGCGCCAGCUGGCCGAGGAGCGGCUGCAGAAGGGGCAGGGCCUCUGCCUGCCCCUGGACAAGGACAAGUUCGAGGCCGACCUGCGCGGCGUGUGGAGAGACUCCAUUAUCCCCCGCACGCUGGACCCCAUGAUUCCCAGCUACAACCCCUACCAUUCCCUGGAGCUGGGCUCCGUCCGGCGGGCCUGCGAACACCUGCCCAGCCUCAUGGCCUCCAAGGUGGAGGAGCUGGCGCGCAGCCUCCGGGCGGGGAUCGAGCGCGUGGCCCGCGAGAACGCGGACCUCCAGCGCCAGAAGCUGGAGGCCCAGCAGGGCCUGCGCUCGGGCCAGGAGGCCAGGGAGAAGGCGGAGAAGGCGGCCCAGGCCCGGGAGGCCAAGCUGCAGGCCGACUGCGCCCGGCAGACGCAGCUGGCGCUGGAGGAGAAGGCGGUGCUGCGGAAGGAGCGAGACGGCCUCUCCAAGGAGCUGGAGGACAAGAAGCGGCAGGUGGAGCAGCUGAGGCUGCAGCUGGCCAUCAGCAACUCGGCUCUGGACACCUGCAUCAAGGCCAAGGUGGGCCGCGGCCCGGGGAGCCGCGGGGAGCCCGGCGAGGUGCUAGUGGGCGGCGGGGACGUGGGCGGGAGUCUGGC